UAACGGGUUUGGAGCAGGGCCGGGUCAAAUCCGGGUUAACAGAUGGAUCGGGUAAAAAUAAAGGGUGACCGGCUUAUUAUUAGGAUUCUUAAACCCUUGUUUUUCUCCCUCAAGAAUUUGGUGGCUGAGUUUCAUAUUCAUCUGAUUUAGGAGGCAGGAAAAUGGGCACGUCUUCGAAGAAAUCGAGGAAAGUAGAGGAGAGUGAAAGCAACUCUGAAUUUGAGAAUGAUGAAAUAUUAAAUGAGAUGUCAGACGAUGCCGAGAACUUUGAUGACGACAGUGAUGAAAACAAUGACUAUACAGACAAUGACGAUGACGUCGAUCAUUACAGCAAUGAAGAUGAAAGUGGAGAACAAGAGGAAGAGGAAGAUGAGGAAGGAGAUCAAGAAGAAGAAGAGCGAGAAAAACUGACUGAGGAACACAAAAAUGCUGAAAUGGAAGAACUUGAGAAAGAAUAUAUGGAGCUUAGGCACAAGGAACAAGAUCUUUUGAAGAAUCUGACGCAACAUAAGGAUGAGGAUCUUCUCAAAGGUCAAGCAGUUAAAAACCAGAAGGCUCUCUGGGACAAGACACUUGAGCUAAGAUUCUUGCUGCAAAAGGCUUUCUCGAACGCCAAUAGACUUCCACAGGAACCAAUUAGGUCUUCCUUUUGUGAUUCAGAGGACACAGUUGAAGAUGCAUAUACAGAUCUCAUUGCCUCUUCCAGAAAAACCUUGGAUUCCAUACUGGAAUUGCAAGAGGUACUACUGGAGAAGAAUCCAUCAAUUACUAAAUCAAUGGAUGUCAAUUCUGGUAAAAGGUCGAAGCUUUUGGAAGAUUCUGUAAAGUCAGGUGAAGUUGAUGAUGAUUGGCAGAAGAUUUCUCAAAUGCAUUCAAGGAUGGCUGCUUUUAGGGAUAAAUCGAUAGAUAAAUGGCAGAGAAAGACCCAGGUGACCUCUGGUGCUGCCGCGAUCAAAGGCAAAUUGCAAGCAUUUAAUCAGGAUAUUAGUCAACAAGUAGCUGGUUAUAUGAGAGAUCCUAGCAAAAUGAUAAAGGGAAUGCAGCAAAGUAGAUCGGCAGUUGCACUAUUUGGAACUGUUCCAGAUGCUACUGGCAAUGGAGAGGGAACAAACAUGGAUGGUGAUCCGGAGCUUCUGGAUGACUCUGAAUUCUAUCAGCAAUUGCUGAGGGAGUUCUUUGAGGCUGUAGAUCCCGCAUCAUCUGAGACAGCAUUCUAUGCAUUGAAGAGACUACAAACAAAGAAACGAAAAAUUGUUGAUCGUCGUGCUUCAAAGAGUCGUAAAAUCCGGUACAAUAUUCAUGAAAAGAUUGUCAAUUUUAUGGCUCCUAAUCAGCCUGUAAAUCUUCCGGAAAUGGCCCCCAAAUUGUUUGAGAAUUUGUUCUCAGGUGGCUCUACCCAUAGGCCACUUGCUUAAGGCCCCCAGAACCGAAGGUUCCUAGAGUUGUUCCAUUAGAUAUAAAAUAUGUAAUUCAAAUAGUUUUUACUGCACAGCUCUUUUUAAUUUUUUUUCUUGUCAGUUUGUUGUUUGGGAUAGAUGAAAGUGAUAUUAUCUUUGGACUAAAUUUUUUUUAUAGAUGAAAGUUAAAGCAGCAGUUUUUCUUUCAUGUUA